CCCACCCCCUAGCCAUCGCAAAGUCAUCAACAUACCUCCCCUUAAUGGCAGACUCUCCUCCGCUCCUCAAAGCGCAUCUGCGCAUCGCCCGCCCUACCCCCUCCAUCACCGCACUCCUCCCCUUCUACACCAGCGGUCUCGGCUUCUCCAUCAUCGGCUCCUUCACCGGCCAUGCGGGCUUCGAUGGCGUAAUGCUCGGCCACGCGUCUCUCCCUUACCAUCUCGAGUUUACGCAGCAGGAGGGACAUGAUGUGGGGAGAGCGCCGACGAAAGACAACCUAUUGGUGUUCUAUCUUCCAGAUGAAGAGGAUUGGACGGACGCGGUGCAGAGGAUGGAGAAGGCAGGGUUCGAGAGCGUGAAGGGUUGGAAUCCGUAUUGGGAGGGGGAUGGAAAGGUGGGCGGGACGAAGGGGAGGACGUUUGAGGAUGCGGAUGGGUGGAGGGUUGUGCUUUGGAAGGGGGGGUGGAAGGUGUAGAUACGGGAAUGCGGUUCGGUGCCUUGGGAACGGAAGGCGAUCGGGAAACAGAAAGAGAUAUGCUGAUGGGGGCGGUGUUUUGUAUUUUGUGUAAUG